CAGGACCGUUGAUAAACCGAAAGUUGAUUUUGAGUCCGUUUCUUAUUUUGUUCGAGAGGGAUUUUCUUUUACUUUGGAAGUUAUGUUCCUUAUGUGAGGGUCCACAGAGUCUUUUCAUGAUGACAUCUAGAGAUGAAGCCCAGCAUGUGGUGGAAUGUGACCUGUGUCAGCAACCAGUCUCGUUUUUCUGCAGACGAUGCGGGGUCAAUCUCUGUGACCCCUGUGUCCUUAUACAUCUACGCGUGAAAUCUGAAAACGGCCAUGACAUUGUAGAUUACAUCAGUAAGGAUGAUGGCGACACAUGCCACUGUGAUUCCCAUCCCCAAAACGAUUGUUCCGCAUACUGCAAAACUUGCGAAACUCCAAUAUGCAUGCUUUGCGUUACUAUUAAACACAGAACGCACGAAAUAUCCGAGCUGUCCGAUAAAAUUGAGGAACUUUUGAAAGUGAUUGCUACGGAAAAUGAUCGACUUCAGUCAUUCAAACAUGAAUUAGAGAGAAAUUUGGAACAUACAACGAAACUGUUGUCCUCGAUAUCCUCGAUUUACAAACUUAGGAAAGAUGAAGUUACAGCACGGGGAGAAGAGUGGCACAAACAGAUUGAAGAGGCUGUAAAGAAACUUCACCAGGAACUGGAUGACAUGCAAAAGGAACACGAGGCUGUACUACAGAAACAAAAGAGAAAGUUUGAAGAAACGAUUAGAAGAGUGGAUGAUAUGAACGGAAAAACAGUAAAAUUACAGAAAUCAAAGAAUGUCACAGAAAUGCAGAGUUUUGUACCAGUGAUUCAGAAACAGGAAAGUUUAAGUGACGUCUCACAGUAUUCGUUUCCGAAAUUAUACGAAUAUAAAAUAGAUGAAUAUUUGGAAAAUCAAUUAAAAGAAAAGGAGUUAUCAGGUAGAAUAAUAUCAGAGAUACCAACAGUCACUUCUGUUAUAGACACUGGGUUCCCUGCUAAUGAAGAGAAUAAAAAUCGUCUGUAUGACAUGGCCGUUACCGUCGAUAACAAAGUGUGGAUGGGAGGAGAGAGCACAGAACUGAAGUUGUUUGAUCUCCAGGGACACCUCCACCACACCGUCAGCAUUACUAACACAGGCAUGUAUUUAUGUAUGUACAACAAACAAGUAGUGUACACUGAUAAGCCAAAUAAUGCCGUGAGAAUGAUAUCUGACAACGACACUGUGGUGACGAUGUUCACUACCGGGAACUGGGUCCCAUACGGCGUCACAAGCGCGGCGUCCGGUGAUCUACUGGUCUGUCUCGUUAAAGACGAUCAGUCCAAAGUCGUCCGAUACAGCAGUACCGGUACCGUGCUCCAGGAAAUCCAGUACGACUCGCAGUGUCAACCUCUGUACAAAGACGCUUUUUACAUCACUGAGAAUGUUAACGGGGACAUCAUUGUAACUGACUUUCAGAAAAAAGCAGUCAUUGCUGUCGAUAGAUUGGGCAUAUUCCGGUACUCGUACUCAGGAAAGGACAGUGAAUUUUUCGCCUGUUCAGUCGCCACUGAUUCUGUCGGUCACGUCGUCGUUACAGAUUUUGGCGGUAACAAGAUUCACAUGCUGGACAAAGCCGGACGAUUCCUGAGGUACAUCAUUCCUGAAGGAGGAAUAAAAGGUCCACGCGCCGUGUGUAUCCUUGGUGACGGUGAGAUGAUGGUGGGAGAAUGUCUGACCGGAAUCGCCAAAAAAUUAACACAAUAAGAAAAACUUAACUUUAUUUGUUAUAAAGAAAAAUAUCACAAUUUUACCAAAAAUAUGUAUGUCAUACAAAUGCAAAUAUGUAAAACAAAAAAAAAAGUAGCCACAAGAUUAUUUCCAAAUUAUUUUUAUAAUAAUAAUAAAUGCAUGUGUAAUAAAGAUUGAGCAUUUAAAAAAAAUUUCGAUGGUGAAAUUAAAAAAAUAAAAAUAAAAGAAAAAUAUUAGAACAAAAUUUUUGAAGUUUUACAAGUUACCUCCCUUUGAAAAGUUAGAAAAUGCAGAAAAACAGCUAAAAUAAUUUUUUUGCAUCUUGUAAACCUUGGUUUACCAUCAAUUGACUUUUUAAAUAAUGCUUCAAUACCAUCAUAUCAAUUUCUUUCAAAAGACAAUUUCAGUACAUUGAUUGAGUUAUAGAACAUUAAAGUAAAAAUCUUUUUUGUAUAGAGAUAAAAACGCUUUAAAAUGGCCGCCACCCCCCAGCCUCGUUAAAAUGGAAAUGGUUAUUGGAUACUUACAAACAAAUAGAGACAAAUCGUUUAAUGUUUUAAAGUGGCGCUGAAAUAAUUUAAACCACAAUCAGCUGGCUGUAAGAUGUCAGAAUGUACCUACUGUCUGUACGCGGUAUAUCUUCUAAAUUGAAAUGUUGUGUGAUUCAAUAUUCCUUUAUCUAUGUUACCUUUUUUUUUUUUUUAAUUUUCUACAUACAAAUUUUCCUUACAAUAACCCAAUCUGAGUCAGCAAAAAUGUCUUCUUGCUACUAUACAUGUAAAUCAGCAUUUAUUGUUAUACUAAUUGAAAUGAUUAGCGCCUAUCUACUUACGUGAUUAAAUACUAUCGUAUAUGAGGAGAGUUUUGGCCAUUUUUUAACGUACUCAACUGCGAUAUUUUUGUUUCAGAUAGUUGCAAAUGAGAAAAUAUUGCCCUCUUUUGUAGAGAUACUUAGUAAAGAGUAGAUGUAUUUUUUUUUUUAUAUUUUUAAAUAUUUAUUAAAUUUUGAGUAAUUUUGUAUACAUUAUAUGCACAGGUGCUCGAUUAUCGGAUAUUGUAGUUUUUAAUUAUUUGCUUGGGGACAAAAAUUAAAAUUGGUAAUCAUAUCUUAUAUAUAUGUUUCUAUGUAUGGCAAUGCUACAGUAAUUUAGCCUUUAAAAACAUAAGUGUCAUUAUACUUUAGCGACUAUUUAGAUUGGACUAUAUUUAUAAAUAACGAGCGUCGAAGGGACCCACGGGUGAUGGAGACAGGAACGACGCGUAAUCAACCUUGGGUUUCCGAUGAUGCUCAUAGGAUUAAAAAAGCUGUUAUUGUUAACAAAUAUGAAGAUGGUAAAUCUAAUGUCUUCAUAUAACCUCUUAGAAAGUAUUUUGAAUAAGACACGUCAGGUUUACAGAUAGAAGGGAUAAAACAUUCUAUUUCAAAAUUCAAUUUCAAUAAAUUAAAUUUAUAAACUAUGAAAUUGAAUACAUUACUUUUUACUUAAAGCAGUAAAAAGCUUUUUUGGAAAAUCGUUUCAGGU